AUGGCAAUCGUGAAGAGAAGAAAGAAGUGGAUAGGACAUCUCAUAAGGAACAAUUCAUGGAUAACGACUAUAAUUGAAGGAAAAAUCGAGGGAAAACCAGGAAGAGGAAGACCUAGACAGGCAUAUAUGAAACAAAUCAUGUUGGAUAUAGGAAGAGAGUCAUAUAUAGAACUAAAGAGAGUCGCAAUGAAUAGAGAGGAAUGGAAGAAUAUUUCAUCGUUAAACCAAUCUACGGAUUGA